AUGGACCAGGAUGCCUCUUCAAUCACAAGCGAUGAGAGGAGGUUGAUGUAUGAGCCGUAUAACCCAAUUUACAACCCGUGGCCGACGAAGCCUGUGUUGGUUCACCAGUACGAAGGAAAGACCCCUAAGAGUAUAAUCGUAGGUGAUGUCUAAUACAUCCUCCAGGCGAAACUCUUUCACAGGCAACGCCUUCAUUUCCCGACCUGUCCUGGCUCCUCUCCUCUUCGACAACAAGGACUCAGAUGCAAGAGACCACUGCGCCGCAGAACGUACAUUUCUCUCCUGGCUUCGCCUCGCAACCUACAUGGCAAUAGUGUCCGUCGCCAUUCUGAUCUCCUUUCAUCUCAAACAUCAGCCGACCGAAAUCGAGCGAAAAGCUGCCUUACCGUUCGGCGUAAUUUUCUGGAUACUGGCGAUUGCGUGUCUAGGGAGUGGGUUGAAUAAUUACAUCAAGACUGUGAACCGCUACUCGAGAAGGCAAGCGUUGGUGCAGACUGGGUGGGGGACGCAAUUGGUGAGUUUGCUCUGAAUCCUGCUAGAAGGGGGAAUGUUGGCUAACGACAUGCUUCAACAGGUCUUUACAGUAGUGGCCUGUGCAAUUAUUGCGGCUUGCGUAUUGUUUCUUGGUACGAAUGCGAGCAGUGCAAGAUAG